GACGCAGCCAUGUGAAAGAAGAGCCAGAGAGACAGCAGGUGAGAUUGCUGUGCCACAAAACGAAGCAUGGAUGGCUUACAGCACCUUACUGUAGAGGCACAACAGCACAGGAGGUACGUACCGACCUAGUACCCGUACUAAACCUUUUUACUCGUAGCCGUAAAAGUCCUUCCGCAGUAUAACCGAUAUCGCAUGCGACUCCGUAGCGUACGAUAACCUUGCCAGGCUUGCCUAUCCUGGACGUGUGUGAGGCGGUAAACCCUGGCAGUAUACCAAAAUAUCUGAGACUUCUACGACGACGGGAAGACGCACAUCGGCCGCUCAAGCUAGACGAAUCCGCCGAGGCUCUUCAAGAUGGGGAAACGAGCUUCAAUCGAUGCCGACGGAGCUGCCGCGUUCCGAAAGCGCCAGAAAAUCACCCACGAUGUUCCCACUGGCGAGGAUGUGAGCUCUGGAGAGCAGCUCCGAGGCCUGCUCUCGUUCGACCAAGACAUGCGCCGAGCAAGACAUGGCCUGCAAUCGUUCAAGAGGCUUCUUGACAACAUAGUCUCCGGUGAUGGUGAUCGAUCCGCGAAUCUCGGCAUUCUACGAGAAUAUCUCGAAUUAGUCAAGCCGAGGCUCGAGGGCGAGGAUGCCGUCUUCCUGAGUGACAUCAUGGAGAUGUGGUCAUUUGCUGCCCAGGUGAAUGAGGGCGGCGUCAUGUCCUCUGUGGCUGUUGUUCUCGCCCUCGUUCUAAAUGUCGUCUCGGAUUCAUUGGAGCUCGUCAAGCACGGGCUUGGUAUCUGCCAGUCGCUUGUCCAAGAUCGUCAACUCAAGUCAAUAUCGAAGAAUUUGUCCUCAGACAAGACGAAAGGCUUCAUCAUAUCACCCACACUGCGCCUGCUUCGAGAAGCUGUGUCUCUGGAUGGGGGCGCCUACGCAAGACGGAUAGUUCGCGCCAGAACCUUUACUUUCGCGUCGCUUGGCAGGAACUUGGAGAUUGGCAACACCGGAGACAACCAAGGAGACUCUCGGAAAGCGUCAGUGAGAACAAAUGCUGUUCGAUUCUUCUUGAGCUGUCUCAAAUACUUGCACUCUGACGGCCGAAAAGAGCUACUCACUCAGAAAGAACUGCUCUCGCAUUUGACCUUCAUGAUCAAGAGCGACCCUUCAUCCCUCGUCCUGGAGAUUUUGGAUGGCUUGAAGUCUCAUGUGUUGGCGGACAGCAAGAUCUCCCGAGAGAUCAAAUUCAAGUGCUUCAACACCAAGACGUUGAUGCGAAUUUUGGCUCUCUAUAGCUACUCUAAUAGCACAGAGUCAGAAAGCGAGGUCGAGCGAGUCAGCCAAAGAGCUCAUGAGUUUCUCAUGUACGUCUGCACCAAUCCGGUUGCUGGAAUCCUAUAUCCUUCCACGGGUCUUUACCCCAAGGAGACGAAUGAGGAGUUUUCGGUCCAGCUUGCCAAGCAGAAGGGUUCAGCGCAUAGCGUUGUGGGCAAAGAUGAUACAUAUCGCGAUGGAGUACCCGUUUUCAAUUUUGUCCUUUCCGAAUUCGCGGCAAAGCUGCGUCCUUGGUCGAGCAUGAAGCACAGCCAGCUAUUGACGGCGAUAUUCGAAGCCGCUCCGGAACUCAUAGCAAACUACUUCUUCAAUAACCAGUCAUUCACUUUUGAACCAAAGUUGACGAUGACCUGGAUCGGGUAUGCAUCGUUUCUCUUCGAUACGAUGAGGAUCCCACUUCCCGCUUCGUUUGGUGACAAGACACGCUUCGCUCUUGGUCCUCCUCCUACAUCUGUCCUCCUGGAUAAUAUUUUACCACUACCGUUAAAUCAAAAGGUCAUGAUUCGGUGCCUUUCGCCCAACUCAAACCUAACAUCCUUCUUCGCGACAAGGAUGCUGGUCGAAGCGCUGGAAAAGCUGUCCGUAGCCAUCAAACUGCAUGAAGAAGGCUUCCGAGCAACAGACGCUCGGUGGUCCGAGGCAGCUCGAAGGUUAAUUGAUGCUUUCUGCAGACGCAUCCCAGACAUGAAAGAGAUUGUGCGAAGUUAUAAGGCCAUUCCCAGUGAGAAUGCGUUACAUAAAACCAUGGCAAGUAGGCUUCUUCUUCUGUAUUACGAGAUGAUUCCACAAGUAGCGCUGGCUGCAAACUUUGAUGUCUCGCCCUUUUUUGUCAGCGUUCUACGGAGUUUACAGGAUGGCAAUUCCGAUCAACAACACGAUGGAUUCCGUGAGAUGGAGCUAGAGAAUCUGGUGUCGAUGGCCAGUUACUCUCCCGGCAUGCGAUGGUUUGCGAGAAUUGAGAUUCUCACCGGCAAAGGCCCAUCAUCGCCAUUUACCGCGCUUCUUAAACUUCUUUCCAGCAGUGAUCGAACUGCACCCCUUCAUCAGUUGAAAAAGGUGCUUGGCGAUGUCGCUGUGGAAAAUCAGCUCGUUUCCUCGGCUACCAGACUGAAACCUCUUCUUCAAGCCCUUGCAUUGAGCAUAAACGAAAAUAGCCCAGAAGAUAUGGACAAAGUUUGGUCUUUCCUGGAUAACUGUAUCAGCCGCUGCGCCACUUCGCCAAUCAAAUAUCUCGACGUGCUCGAGAACUAUCUUGUUGACGGGAAGGAUGACACAAAAACGGUCACUGAUGACCGCAGCUUCAAUCUACUCGCCGUCGCUAUAGCAGAACAGCUGCCCUUCAUCAUUAAGUCAGCAGAUGCUCAAGAGCGAACUUCAUUAUCAAGUUUCAUCUCUCUAUAUUUCAGUGCAUUAUACAAGAAAAAGGGAAGCGAUGCUCUUAAACGAGUCUACACAAAUAUCGAGGAGUGCUUCUCUUCUCACUCCGUCAAGCUCGCAGGUUUGGGAACACGAAAGAUACCAAGAAACUCAACUGGUGGCAACCAGGAGGGCGAAGAAGACGACCAAGAGGAGACAGGAGAAAGCGCUCAACAGAAAGAAUCCGGAUUGGACCAGGCAAAGCUUGAAGAGGCGCUGCACAUUCCAUUUUCAAGCUCAGAAGACACUGGCGUGCUUCUCAAGUGGCACUCUAAAGCCGUUGAGGAUCUGAUUGAAGAUGGGUUGAUUACAAGCUUGAUCCGUCUCCUGGCGUCCGAGCACAUCAAUAUUCGCAAAGAAGCCUUGACAAACAUCCUCAAGAUGGCCGUGAAAAUAGACGAAUCGGCAUACGAGGAGAAGAAGCAGAUCUGGCUGCUCCUCUCCGAACUGGCCGAAUCGUCGCGGCCGCAGGUCGACAAUGGCCCCGUGCCAUCAGCAUUCAUUGCCUUUUCCAUCCACGCGCUCGACAUCCUCAAGAACCCACUGCAUCCGCUCUAUCCAAAGGUCAACAGCUUCCUGACACGCAGCCCCGUCUGGUCGCCCGAGAAGCUGCCCUUGGCCCACGACAUCCUACAUGGAGAGCCCUCGGAGGACGACAAGUACUACACCGAAAUCGCCUGGUUCCUGACGUACAUGCUCGACGCCCUCAGGACACCCUUCGACUUGGGUGUCUUCCACAAGAAGCGCUGGCUCGAGAAGAUGCUCGCCCUGGGCAGUAACCCAUACCUUCGCUCCAACCUUCGCAUCCGCAUCCUCAGGAUCGUCUAUCGUGCCACGUGCAUCGAUUCCGGCAGCACUACGCUGAUUACCAGGUUUGGCCUCCUCACAUGGCUCGACGCACAGCGAGCUGCAUGUGGCGUUUCCGACGACGCCCACCUUUACAAGGCACUGAUGGAGCGGGCGUGGAUAACGUGUGAUCAGACGAGAGUCAACGCUUGGAGUAAAGGAGGGGUGGAAAAGCUUUUGGGGAACUUGCAAUUGCAUCAGUGA